ACAUCCGCUCUUCUCUACGUCGCGUUGGAUUCCAGCAUGGCGGACACCGGUGUGGUGGAGACGCUCCUUCAGCGGAUUGAGAAGGCGGACGAUGGCGUGGACAGCAUGGACGUGGCGAAUAGCCUCGCUGUGGAUCACCAGGUCAUCGUCGGAGCCGUGAAGAGUCUGCAGGCGGUCGGCGACGUUAUCUCAGCCGAGCUCCGCACCUCCAAGCACUGGGAGCUGACAGAGGAAGGAAGGGAGAUAGCAGAGCAUGGCAGCCAUGAAGCGCGGGUCUUCAGCUCCAUCCCACACGAGGGUCUGGCACAGAGUGAACUCAUGAAACUGUCCUUUGGGAAGAUCGGCUUCAGCAAGGCCAUGUCCAACAAGUGGAUCAGACUGGACAAAUCACAUGAGGGCGGACCGAGGAUAUUCUCAACAGUGGAGAGCAUAGAUGACCAGGUCAGAGGGAAGCUGCUCCUGGUACUGAAAGGCAGUGCUUCUGAACUGGAAGAGAAGGAGAAGAAUGAACUGAAGAAGAGGAAACUGCUCUCUGAAGUGACAGUGAAGACUUACUGGAUCACUAAAGGAAGCUCAUUCAGCACGACCAUCACCAAACAGGAGACGGAGCUCACACCUGAGAUGAUCGCCAGUGGCAGCUGGAAAGAGAAGAACUUCAAACCCUACAACUUUGAGGCCUUGGGUGUAGCUCCAGACUGUGGCCACCUGCACCCGCUAAUGAAGGUUCGAACGCAGUUCAGACAGAUCUUUCUGGAAAUGGGCUUCAGUGAGAUGCCAACCAACAACUUCAUUGAAAGCUCCUUCUGGAACUUUGACUCCCUGUUCCAGCCUCAGCAGCAUCCAGCCAGAGACCAGCAUGACACCUUCUUCCUGUCCGAUCCAGCACUCGCCCAUGAUUUCCCGCCGGAUUAUCUGGAGAGAGUGAAGAAAGUGCACUCAGAGGGAGGAUACGGGUCACAAGGGUACAAAUACGACUGGAAGAUAGAGGAGGCUCAGAAGAACAUCCUCCGCACUCACACUACAGCCGUCAGCGCACGCAUGUUGUAUAAACUUGCACAGCAGGAGAAAUUCACCCCGGUCAAGUAUUUCUCCAUCGACCGCGUGUUCAGGAAUGAGACCUUAGAUGCGACACAUCUAGCCGAGUUUCAUCAGAUCGAGGGCGUGGUGGCAGACUAUGGACUCACACUGGGAGACCUCAUGGGCAUCCUCCAUCAGUUCUUCACCAAACUGGGAAUUACCAAACUUCGUUUCAAACCAGCCUUUAAUCCGUACACAGAGCCCAGCAUGGAAGUGUUCAGCUACCAUGAAGGACUAAAGAAGUGGGUGGAAGUGGGAAACUCUGGGAUUUUCAGACCAGAGAUGCUGCUGCCCAUGGGUCUUCCUGAGGACGUGUCUGUGAUCGCCUGGGGCCUGUCUCUGGAAAGACCCACCAUGAUUAAAUAUGGCAUCAACAACAUCAGAGAACUCGUGGGACACAAGGUGAACCUGCAGAUGGUCUACGACAGCCCCAUAUGUCGCCUGGACUCCUGAGCUUCACCCAGUCUUUAUGAUGAGCUGUUGGAUGGACAGAUUUGACCUUUAUCAUGUAACAUCUCGCUCGCUCUCUCUUGAUCCAACACACAGAACGCCUCCGUUUGUUAUUGUCAGCAUUUGACACAAAUCUCUCUGUACAGGAUCAUGAACUUAUUCCCUGCUCUUCCAGACUUUGUUACAUUCAUGAAGUUACUAACCGACCACAAUUAUGACCUAUUUUUACAGGGAAAUACACAACUGUGUUGUACAAAUUUGACAAACGCAAUGAAGUCUUUGUCCAAAUAAGAUUUAAGAUCACAA